AUGACGAAAAGAAAAGGAAACCUUCAGUCCGGUGACGCUGUCAAAGAGAGGGCAAAGCCAGGUAGACAUGGAGUGAUUCUCAGGCAUGACAGGGAGGACGGAAAGAAGCAUCAAUGGAUAGUUGAAUUCACAAAUGCGGAUGGGUCCAAGUCUGAAGAGCCAAAAGGCUCUCGCGCGUUGCAAGCAAUCGAUCCAGUCCAAGCCAACAUCAAUACGAAUGAUGAAGCCAAUGAGCCUCCCGUGGUGGCUGAAACCAACGAGCCUCCCGUCGUGGCUACAACCAGUGAUGAUGAGCAACCCGCCAUUCCCGCAACUCCUUGGCGACGACCAACACGUAGAGCAGCUAUCAACCAUGCAGUCUGCCCCACCCCCGCAGUCCAAGAACAAGAGCCGGCACCAGCACGAGCAUCUACCUCUUCGUCUUCGUCGGUUUCGUCGUCUCGUGGACCAGAUUUCGAUUGGACUACAUAUCAACCACCUGACAGCGACAACGACGAUCAGAGCAGUAACGGAGGCUUUCCACAACCACCAGAUCAACUCUCCGAAGAGGAACAGUCCUUACAAGAAGAAGACGAAGCCACCAACAACGAGCAACCAAUGCCUCACCUCAAUGAUCUUGAGGAAGAUGUGAUCCCGGGAGAGGAGAAUCAUGUCGAGACGGAGGAAGAAUUCAAGCUUCAAGAAGAAGUCUAUCGUCGUGAGAAAGCUGAGCUCAUCGAAGAAGGCUGGAUUGUGGAAAAGGAAAGUGCAAGGGGCCCCUUGGACGUCGGCGUCAGAGUUGAAACAAGAUCGAAAAGGAACUACCGACAAGGGACAAUUGUGGAUCGGAACGAUAGCAAAUGGGUAGUGCAUUUUGAUGGAUACGACGAAACAGAGGAUGUCUCACCUCAAUCACUUGUUCAGAUUUAUGUUCCAGAUGUCUACGAACGAAAGUUUUAA